GUCCAUCUCUGCCCCCAUCUCAACCCCCAACCCCGCCUGCCCCAAGCGCAAGGCAGACACAAUGGCCUCCCUGUCCUCGUCUCGGGUCGGCCUGCUGGUUGCCUGCGACGAUCCGUUGUGGAGCCACGGGCCGUCUCGCCAGGCCCUGCCGCUGAAAGGCGGCAACCCGUUUCUGUCGCUCAGCGACCCGUCGUCCGGCACCACCAUCAAGACGCAGGCCCUCAACUUUGCGCACACCUCGCCGAUAACCACCUUCCAGAUCGCGACAGGCUCGGUGCUGUCGGUCCUGGACUUGUUCCACAUUCUGCCGUAUCGGACGCUGGGCUUCCAUCCGUACUUUGCCUUUGCCCCGCACUGGCAGACCUACCGAGUGGCGACCUCGUUCCUGAUCACGGGCCACUCCAUCAUGGACGUCGUCAACAAGUCUGCAGGCAUGGUCUAUUGGGGCGCCGCCUUGGAGAAGCGCUUCAACGGGGCGGGCGACGUCGUUGAUGAAAACGGCGUCGUCCGGACCGAGGGCCUGCAGCGAAAGGCUCGCAGCGGCAAGCGAAAGGGGCUAUUUCAGUGGCUGAUUCUGGAUAACCGCUUCCUGCAUGUGCAGCUGGCGUCGGCGGCGGUCAUCGUUGGCAUCGAGUGCAUACUCUACCGACAACCAAGGUUCGAUGGCCGCACGCCCGUGAUCAUCUUCCCGGUUGCGCUGUUCCCCCAACUCGAGUACUCGAUGCGAUGGAUUUGGGCAUUCACGGAGCAGGACCAGAACAUCCUCUUGUUUGGCGUUCUGCCCAUCAAGCCGAUCUACCUGCCGAUCCUGUUGUGCGCCAUGGGGGGAUUCUCCGGCAUCAAGCCUCUGGUCAAAGGAUUCGCGGCGGCUCUGAUCGUCACCAAGAUCAUGGAUAUGCGACGAUCCGACGGCGAGCCGAUUCUGGACUGGGUGUGGAAGUUUGGCCAUUCCUGGUACGACUGGAUUCAGCAGCGACGCAAGGCCUCAUUGAACAGCAAGCCCGAUCGCAAGGGCAAGGGCAAGCAGCGAGCCUCGGCAAACGACGACGUUGACGAUGAGAUUGUCACCGAGGGAGCGGGCGGCAGCGAUGGUCAAGGCUCGGUUAUGGGCUUUGACCUCAGCUCGAUGCUGCCGCAGCUCACCCAGACCAUCUCGACCCAGCUGGUCAACACAUAUCUGACGAGCCUCGCGAACGACGCAGCCGCCGCAUCCUCAGCCUCGGCCUCGGCCUCGUCCUCAUCAUCCCGGGCGGCGGCUGACGAUCGCAUCCGCAUGGGCGCUGGCCCCAGCAAUCUCAAUCUGUGAAGACCAGACCAGAACGAGGCGAAUGUUCUCCCCGAUUGCUGCAAUCGCACCCUGCCACCCGCAGAGCAGAUGCCCAACUGCCUAGACAACAUGCUCGUCAAAGCGAUAAAAAGCCUUUCGUUUCACUCCUCUCUCCCUUCGGGCCACCCACACUCAGCCGACGGUGCAAUAGAGUCUGUCUGUGUGGACAACGGCCGUCCCGUCCCCAAUCCCAACUGGUCUCAUCCGUGUCUAUUCUCUGUUGGCAGCGUUGACAAAUACACUUUGCCGAGCGAAGGAUCUGGCCGGCAAUGAUCGCCACA